AUGCCACAAACGAUUUUCGACCUGUUUCCAAAUGAAUUGCUCUACGAAGUUUUUCAAUACUUAACAACCUAUGAAAUACUAUACGGAUUUCAAGGAUUAAAUAAACGUAUUGAUAAACUUCUGAGAACAUGCGCUAAAUAUAAUCUUAAUUUUAAAUCUUGGCCAAAAUCUAAAUUUGAUUUUGUUUGUCAAUCAAUUAAUCCCGAACAAGUUCGAUCAUUAAUAUUGUCCGAUGCUGAUGAUACAUGUUUACAAAUCCAUUUAUUUUUUCGCUUAGUCCCUGUUCAACGACUGGUUAAUCUUGAAUCAUUAAUAUUAAUCGAAACUAAUGAACAAGAAUUAAAACUUGCUCAUGGUUUAAUACCUAAAAUAAUAGUACCACCAUUAAAAUAUUUAUCAAUUGGCAUCUGUUCAAUGAGUCAGUUAAAAGAAAUUUCAUUCUCUACACCCAUAUUAACAAAAUUAAAUGUUCAAUUGAUUGCUGAUACUACUCCUGCAGACGACACUCUUCUUCUUUCGAGUGAAGUUCGUCAAUUAAAAAUUGAACUAGCCAAAAAAUCCAAUAUGAAAUAUGAUGAUAUUCAACUUUUGUUUGAAUGGAUGCCGAAAUUAGAAAAAUUUACAUUCAUUGCAGCAAAAGGGCUACCAUUCAUUGAGGGUGAUCAAUGGGAACAUCUAAUUCAAAGAUGUUUACCAAAACUAAAAGAGUUUCAUUUUAAAAUUCAUCCACAUUUCCUUCACACAAACGUCGAACAAUUAUUACGAACAUUUCAAACUGAAUUCUGGUUAAAAGAAAAGCAAUGGUUUAUUUAUUGUGAUCAUCAUUUUCAUUUAAAUUUUCGUCACUUUGGUUUACAACAUGUUCAUUUGUACACUUUGCCAUACAGGGAUAAACAAUUCUGUUUAAGUUUAUUAACAGAAGCCACAACAAAAGGUUGCAAAGAUAAAUAUUCAAGCAUAAAGAAUUUAUUUUUUGCAAUUAAUUCUCGAUACAAUACGGAACUUAAUCAACAUUAUUAUUUUCCUAAUCUUGAUUCGUUAACUAUUUGUAAUUUACAUAAAUUAAUACCCAUUGAUAAUCUUAUCGAUUUAUCACAAGUCAAACAUUUAACUGUGACGCGAAAUAAUGACAUAAAUUCUGAAGAAUUUUUCUCGUAUACAUUAGUACAUUCUACAAAAUUAGAAUCACUGACAUUAUCCUAG